AUGACUGAAAAAACAAACACUGCAGUUUCAUGGUUCGUUCAAUCAUAUUAUAAAGCGUGUACCGCAACUGCUAUACUAUCAGAACCAAUUAUUAAUCAAACUCAAAAUUCGAUGACCUUGUGUAAAGUACUUUUAUAUGGUUUGAAACCAAGUGAUAUUAACUAUAGUAGUAAUGAUAAAAUAUGUGAGAUACCGUGUGGACGACAACAGCAACAACAAGAGCAACAACAACAGUCCGUAUCUAUUACAUCAUCGAUUCAUCGUGUAGAAAAUUCAUCAUUGCCGGAAACCGAUUAUCUCAAUUUAUACAUUAAACCAUUGACAACACCAACAAGCUCACGAUCUCCAUUUGGUAAUGAUACUGGUCAUGAAUCAAGUCCUAUACGUGUUAUGAUUCGUGAAACGUCUCGAGGACGUCAUCGUAUUUGUGUUUCACAAACAUUAUUACGUGCACAUAACAGUGAUGAUUGA